AUGACUGGCGGCUCGUCGACCGUCUCGCGCGCACCCCCGCCGCACGUUGUGCCCAGCUACGGCGUGCGCUCGCUCAUCUCGCUCCUCCUCUCGCCCUCGCUCCUGCGCAUCGUUCGCUCCUUUUUCUCGGGCCCCAUCACCCUCGACCCGCCCCUGUCGGUGCGCCUGCUGAUCGUCGCCCUCGUCGUCGCAAACUGGCGCUCUCUCCCGCUGGUCUGGCAUUACCGUGUCUUCUACCCCGCCGUCGCCGCACGCGCAAAGGCGCGCGCUUCCAUCCACCCGCUCCUCCCCUUUAUUCCGUCGUCGUCGCACCCCACGACGGCAUCCGAGCCCAAGCUCCGCCUCGACAAGCUGCCCCUCGGCCGCGACCUCUUUGACGACUUCUCGACCCACACCCUCGUCGCAUCGCUCGACGACUGCGACUUCAACGGCCACCUAUCCAACAGCUGCUAUGCAAAGGCGCUCGACUACACGCGCAUGACCUGGAUCUCCCAGCGCUUCCUCAAGAUGCACUUUGACGGCGCGUGGAUGGCCCUCGGCGGCAGUGCCUUUGCGUUCCACAAGGAGAUCCCCGCCCUUGCCCGCUAUCAGAUCCGCAUGGGCGUCGAGGCCUGGGACGACAAGUGGUUCUACGUCGUCGGCCGCUUUGUCUCGCCCGCGGCGAAGUCGCCCUCGUCGACGCUCAUCAAGGUCAAGGAAUACGCCUCGUCGAUCAUCUCGCCCGCCACCCACCGCCCCAACUCGGCCAAGUCGGCCUCGUCGCUCUCGGAAGCCGCCGCGACGGAUCCGGCGUCCGGCGCGACCGGCAGCGGCAGGAGCAGGAGCAGCAGCGCUGCCGCCUCCGAGGUCGUCUACUGCACGUCGGUCUCGCGCUACUGCUUCAAGUCUGGGCGGCGCACUAUUCCUCCGUGGCUCAUCCUCGCCUCGUCCGGCUACGGCACCUGGGCCUCGACGCGCACCAACUGGACAAAGGCCGAGGAGCUGCGCGCAAAGGUUCUGCGCGACACACAGCGCGAGCACCGCGCCAAGACGGGCCGCGAGCUGCCUAGGGACGGCAUCAUCGCCGGCGGCGGGUACCGCAAGGCGGGUUUCCUGACGCGCUACCGCCUCGAGAGCGAGAGGACGGGCAGCGACGACGAAAGGUGGAUGGACAAGGCAGACUGGCAGCUGGACGAGUUCGAAGAGAGGAGGCUCCAGGGGUUCGAGCGCCUCAAACGCACCGUCGGCGGCGUCGUGCCCGCCUCCUCGUCGUUGUCGUCGUCGUCACCGCCGAGCGGCACAGAAACUUCUGAGGCGCCCACGCCGACGGGAGCGGGGUCGCCGUAA